AGUUCGUCUGAUCGGCGACGUUAGCUUCGGCCGAGGAGCGACGAACGGCGGACCAACUCCCACAAACCUGGCAGCAGCAGGAGUGGAGCGCACAAUCUCGCUGGACGAAAGUAAUAUCGACGAAAGCAAUGCCGGAGGACCUAAUUUGGGAACGUUAGGCUUUGGAGGACGCGGGGCUAGCGAAAGCACCAUCGAAAUGUACGAC